GGCGCUGUAAUCGCAGGAUCCCUAUGGCUGUGUGCGUUAGGCCUCGGCCAAGUCUUUUCAUCCGACAAUGCCAGGUUUCACCGAGGCGCCCGUGGUGAUCGACGGCAAGGGUCACCUCCUUGGCCGUCUCGCGUCCUUGGUGGCGAAAACCCUGCUCACCGGCCAAAAAGUCGUCGUGGUUCGUUGCGAGAGCCUUGUCAUCUCGGGCGGCCUGUUCAGAAACAAACUCAAGUAUCUGUCUUUCUUGAAGAAGCGAUGCAAUGUUAACCCGACGAGAGGACCGUUCCACUUCCGUGCUCCGUCUCGAAUCUUCUGGCGGACCGUUCGUGGUAUGCUGCCGCACAAGACCGCGCGAGGUCAGAAAGCUCUCAGCUUUUUGAAGUGCUUUGAGGGAAUUCCCCCCAAGUACGAUGUCAAGAAGAGGAUGGUCGUCCCCGCCGCCCUCAAGGUUGUCCGGUCGAACCCUCGCAGAAAGAUCUGCCAGUUGGGUCGGCUGAGCUCCGAAGUCGGUUGGAAGUACUCGGACGUUGUUGAGAGCCUCGAAGCCAAGCGUAAGGUCAAGGGAUAUCUCCGAUACAAAUUGAUCAAGCUCGAGAAGAAAACGAAGAAACAGGCAAAACAACAGCUAUCGAAAGAGAUCGCGCCCCUCCAGGCUGAAUUGGCUAAGCUCGGAUACGUCGUUUGAAAGGUUGGACGACUUUGAAUAAAGGAGUUCAAACUGGAA